AUGGCCCAUAGAAAAUUACAACAAGAGGUUGACAGAGUUUUCAAGAAAAUCAACGAAGGCCUUGAUGUAUUCAAUACAUAUUACGAAAGACAUGAAAGCUGUCUGAAUAACCCUUCACAGAAGGAAAAAUUGGAAGCAGAUUUAAAACGAGAAGUCAAGAAAUUACAGAGACUUAGAGAACAGAUAAAAUCUUGGCAGAGUUCACCAGAUAUCAAAAAUAAAGAUGAACUUUUGGACUAUAGGAGGUCUGUUGAAGUCGCCAUGGAGCAAUACAAGAUUGUGGAGAAAGCCUCGAAAGAGAAGGCAUAUUCAAAUAACAGCCUGAAAAAAUCAGAGAACAUGGAUCCUGAAGAACGAAAAAGAAGGGAAACAUCUGAUUAUUUGUCAUCAAUGAUCGAUGAGUUAGAAAGGCAAUACGAAGCAUCUCAAAUUGAAAUCGAUAGACUGAUACUAUUAAAUAAGAAAAAGAAAACUGCCUCAGUUAGUAACGAUGAAAAAAAAGAUCGUCUAAAAAAUUUACAAGUUAGAUAUAGAUGGCACCAACAGCAGAUGGAAUUGGCUUUAAGGCUGCUAGCAAAUGAAGAACUAGACCCAGAUGCCGUGGAUGAUAUUCAGGACGACAUUGAUUACUAUGUUAAAUCAAAUAGUGAAAAUGAUUUUAUUGAGGAUGAGACAAUAUAUGAUACACUAAAUUUACAAUCGAACGAAGCAAUUGCCCAUGAAGUUGCUCAGUAUUUUGCUUCACAACUAAAUAAUGAUGAAGAAGCUAUUGAAGAAGCUCCUGGAACAAAAGAAUCCCUUAAACAAUCAAGGAAAGAACAGAGGAAGGCUGAAAGAGAAGCAAAGAAGGCUGCUAAAGCUGCUGCUAAAUUAGCUCCAAAGAGCUCAACUGCCACUACACCAACAACAACACAAAAUGGAAGCACUGUGGCGUCAACAAUAGCAUCUCCAUCAAGCACAGCCCCAAUAAUAGAAAACCAAAAGGAGCUAUCAACUACUUCUAGCAUAUCAAGUUUAUCGCCUUCACCUAUAGCAACUUCAUUAAAUUCGUCAAAGGUAAUAUCAGCCUCUACGACAGUGCCAAAUACUGCAAGGAGUCCGAAUAGUAGUUCUAUAUCAUCAAUGAAAUCUUCUUCUGUGUCAUUACAACCAACAGAGCUAGAUGGUACAAUUCAUAUUCACCAAGGCAAAAAUGGCGCAACUACUACUAGUACUCUUAGACCUGCAACUGUUCCAAUUAGACCUGCUGGUGAAAUGAAAUGGUCGGUUGCUGCAUCUCAUGGUCUUGAAAAAGAAAAGAAAUCAUUAGGGGCUUCUUCUACAAAUAAUGCUUCUACUUCGUCAAGCACAAUAAUAAAUCAAGACAUGUCAAAGUCUCCAUCAACUACAACAGCCCCAACCUCAUCCAUAACUAGUAGAUCAUCGAGUGUAGUUAAUACACCAACUUUCUCUCACCCUUCCUUGGCAACACCAACGGUUGAAAGAGAGUCUUUAUACGUUUCUUCAAAUUCCUCUUCAACUUUAAAUUCCUCGAAUAUAAUACACCAAACAAGUUCAAACUCAAAAGGAAACAACUUUUUAAACCAAUUGAAUGCAGGAAAAUUAGAUAGUAGGACUAAGCCUAGUGAUGUUUCAUCACAUGAAGAGAGUGUUUCAAAAAAAUCUCUUCUACAAGAUGUUUCAGAGUCUUCCUCAAUUAUAGAUAAGAAUAUUCAUUUGUUGGUUGAUGAUUAUGAAUCAGAUAUAACAGACGAUGAACUUGAAAAUGAGCCGAACCUAAAUGAUUUUAAUCCUUCGGAUAUUGAAGGACUACGAAACAAAUUAAGCGUUAAAAAUAAAUUAAAUGAAACACUAUUACAGGAAUAUGAACUUCUUUUACUACCUAGCGGUAUCCAACAGUUUAUCAUGGGAACAGAACUCUAUAAAAAUAAAUUAAACAGCUUGGUAAAUGACUUGGGUGGAUAUAGAAGAUCAAGAGACUCUUGUUUUAUUCCUAGGUUACAUUCUAUCCCUUAUGGCGUUAAUCCUCCCACUCCAUUAGAUGCAUUUAGAUCUACUCAGCAAUGGGAUGUUACUUGUUGUUCUCUUCGUGACGUUAUACUUUCUCAAGCAAAUUCUAAAGAAGAUAAACUGAAAAAGAUUUUGGAGAAGUUUAGAAGUCUAGAAACUUUUACAUUAUUUUAUAAUUAUUAUUUUUCUGUAACCCCACUGGAAAAAGAAGUUUCAAUGGUAGUUUUGGCAGAAAGGGAUUGGAGAAUAACUAAUAAUGAAACAAUGUGGUUCUCAAGACAGGGAGAGGCAAAACUUUCCGAUGAACUUUAUGAAAUAGGUGAUUAUCGAAUCUUUUCAUUAGAAGAUUGGACAGUUCAUGAAAAGCUAAACUUCAAGUUAGAUUUUGGAAUUUUAAAGGAAACAAGGCGUGACGGAUCUAUUACUACUGUUACUUCAAAUUCUCAACAUGCAAAUAAGGAGGAAGAACAACUCUCACAUGGUCAACAGCUAUUACAGCAACUGAAGAGAGGCAAAUUUGCCAACGACAGAUAG